CUCAGUCCUGUUUUUUCCGCUUUUUGCAAUGGCAAAGAAAAGCAGCCACUGUAUUUCGAUUUCAGAGGAAAAACUGUUGGCAUAAUCCAGCACCUUCUGCUAGCCGGGACUUAUUCCCGGUUUAUGUAAUUUUUAGAGCGAGCAGAACCAAGCGACUGCUGAUGUAAUCGGCGGCAUUACACGAAAGUGAACAGAAGUACAUGCGCGUAAACCAACCGCACAGCACAGAACCGCUACCUGCUGUAUGCAAAUUGUCAGAUCGAAUUUACAGCAUUUAAUUCCUACGAAAACACAAAUAAAAAUACGAAAAAGGCAAUCAAUUGAAAAAGAGACAGCGCGACAAUGAAGGCUUGUGAUAAACAGAUGUCUGGAAAGUGUACCACAGGAUGCAGCCAUGGUAGUGCCAGUUUCAAGGCUGAUGAUACUGUGAUUGAGCUGGCAACAGUGUCCAAGCCUAAACCAGAUCCUUCUAAUUUAGUAUUUGGAACCGUAUUCACAGACCAUAUGCUGACAAUUGAAUGGUCAGCAAAGGAAGGUUGGAAGGCACCAUUCAUUGGACCAUUUGAGAACAUUUCCAUUCAUCCAGCUUCAUCAUCUCUUCACUAUGCUGUGGAAUUAUUUGAAGGAAUGAAGGCUUACCGUGGUGAUGAUAACAUAAUUCGUCUCUUUCGUCCAGAUUUAAAUAUGCAGCGAAUGCUAAGGUCUGCCUGUAGAGUCUGUCUGCCGAGUUUUGAUAAACAGGAGUUACUGAACUGCAUCAAAAAACUGAUUAAUAUCGAUCAGGAAUGGGUACCUUAUUCUAGUUCAGCCAGCCUCUACAUCCGACCUACCUUUGUUGGUACUGAGCCUUCCUUGGGUGUUAAGAGGCCUUCCAAAGCACUGCUGUUUGUAAUCCUCAGUCCUGUUGGGCCUUAUUUUUCAAGUGGGAGCUUUAAUCAAGUGUCACUAUGGGCUGAUCCAAAAUACGUCCGGGCCUGGAAAGGUGGAACUGGAGACUGCAAAAUGGGAGGAAAUUAUGGUGCAUCAUUAUAUGCUCAAUAUGAGGCCACUGAAAGAGGAUGUCAACAAGUACUUUGGCUCUAUGGUGAAGAGCACCAAAUAACAGAAGUUGGAACUAUGAACCUGUUCCUCUAUUGGAUAAAUGAAGAAGGAGAGGAAGAACUAGCAACACCUCCUCUGGAUGGUAUUAUUCUACCUGGUGUUACUAGACACAGUAUUCUAGAUCUGACAAGGAAAUGGGGAGAAUUCAAAGUAUCUGAAAGAUAUUUGACUAUGGGACAACUUACAGCUGCUCUGAAUGACAAUCGAGUCAGAGAGAUGUUUGGUGCAGGAACAGCCUGUGUGGUGUGUCCGGUGGGCCGUAUACUGUACGAAGAAAAGAAUUUGCAUAUUCCGACAAUGGAAAAUGGACCGAAGCUUGCAACACGGCUGCUAAAGGAACUUACAGACGUCCAGUACGGCAGAGUGAAGUCUGACUGGACUGAAACAGUGUAGUAAAGAUGAAGAUGAAGAGUCCUCUUCAAGAAAUGAGAGAUCUAUCCGCUUAAUAGAUAUCACAAGACAAGUCAGUAGCUUUAAGCACUUAGGUGUUUGUGGUGCUUUCCAGAAACAGUACAUAGAAAUAUGUAGUUUUAUUGAUGUGUAAUUUUUAAUCUUCAAAAUGAGUACAAUCUGUUUUUUCCUCACAAUAAUAGUGACAAUUUGUGUGGGUGCAGUUACUGUGUUGUGAAGGCCAUAUGCAAUUAUUUAAUAUCUUAAGCUAUUCAUUGGGAAAAAUGUAUUUUAAGACUAGGCUGAGCACACAUAUUCAACAAGAGAACUGUAACCUUUCAAGAAUAGUUUGGUUUUUCAUAAUUUUAAUGAAUUCUAUCUUGUAGAUAUAACCUUGUCUAACACAUUAUCUUCAAUACAUAAUAUGUUUUAAGAAGUAUUUUUCCUCAAGUGAUACAUAUAUAUUAUUAAAUGGUUGCACAAAUGUGUCUUUUGAUAAUUAUUAUUGGAGAUACAGCCACAUUUUAAUUAACCUUUAAAUAAGACAUAAUGACUAAAAAUUGUGAUGUGAAAAAUUACUAUAUAGCUAAGAAAUGACUUCUUAUACUGUCACAAAAUUUACAUUAUGGUUAUUUGCACCUUUUUAAUAAUAAAUUACACUGUUAAAAAUCCAACAAAUUUCAUAGCAAUAUGCUGUAUAGGCAUGAGUAGAAAUGUUUAACAUUUUUUUAAACACGUAACCUUACUAAAAAUGCUUUUAUUUCCAUCAAAAACAAUUAACAGGAGCACAUUUCCAAACCACACACAGUUAAUUUUUGGUGAUAGUGAGCAUCUUUACUUUACUUUUAAUAGUUUGUUCCUGACCAGGAUCAUGAUCAGAACAUGCUGAGCUGGUGCAUCCUGAGAUGUGCCUCUUCUGCCAGAGGGAGUUGCCUGGCUGUGUGUGCCCAGUGGCUGAAAUCAUUUCAUUUGUGUUCUCUAAAUUUGGAGAUCAAAUGGUUUUCCUGAGAGGUUCUAUUUCAGCAACCCCCUAUAAGGCUAUUUGUUUUUGGUCAUGAUUCAGAGAUUGUGACCAUAUGUGACAACGGCAUUGACCGAUUAAGUAAAAGCUUUGCUUCACCUCCUCCUUCUAACAUAUCCUUGAAAGUCCUUGUCCAUUCUUGCAAUCACCUUUGUCUUUCUCAUAAUAAAAACCUGAAAGCACUUGAAGUCAUUCACUUGAGGCACUUGCUGAUAAUUAAGAGGAGGAUAUAAUCUUUUGUAUUGCAAAAAUGAAUAUUCUCUGAACCUUAGCUGUGUCUUCAUAUCAAGUCCACGAAAAGCACAAACUGGAAAGGAGAGAAGAUGCACCUUUGGUGAAGUCCCAUACUGACACUGAACAGACAUGAUUUUGUAGCUCUUGCUUUGCACAUAUAUAAACCUGAAUUAGAUUUUUGUUUUUCCAAUAUUCAUAUGUUAGACACUGUUUAUUUUACCACUAAAAUUCCAAAACACACCUCACAAAACAAAAUGCUCAUUUCUUUUUAAUUUUCUAAAGCAGAAAAAAAAAAAUGCUUAUCUAUUAAAAUUAAGCAAAUACUUCUAACAAACAAUAUACUUUCACUUCACUUGCUGUGAAAUGUGAACACAACAUUACACAUUACUGUCCAUUUGCUAGCUAUGCUUACUAGUACUAGAUAUACUAUACUGCUAUCAAUCCAUCCAUUAUCCAACCUGCUAUAUCGCAACUACAGGGUCAUGGGGGACUGCUGGAGCCAAUCCCAGCCAACACAGGGUGCAAGGCAGCGAACAAAUCCUGGGCAGGGUGCCAGCCCACCGCAGAUACUAUACUACUAGUACUAUAUCAUUUUGUAAAUUGUGGCAUAGUAGUUAGUGAUGUUGCCUCAUAACUCGAGAGUCUUGGGUUCAAACCCCAGCCCAUGUGAACUCUGAAUGUCCCUCUUAUCCAUAAUGUCUAAUGGUUCUCUAGUUACCUCUCACGUCAUGUCUAGUUAAUUGACAUCUCUUUAUUACUCCUGUGAUACUGAGUGUGCAUGCAGGCUUUCAUACUGCUUUCAGUGAACUUAGCGUCCUCUUGUCUUCUUAGACAUACGCUAAGUUCAGCUCCUUUAGUUUUUCUUCAUAGCUCGAUCUCCAUAGUCUUGGAAUAUGUUCUACUAGCACUUUUCUGGACUUUCACUUGUGCUGUUAUGUCCUUUUUCUAAUGUGGAAUUGAAAACUGCACACAGUAUUCCAGAUGAGGCUCUGUAAGCAUUUUAUGUAGUUCGAGUUACUUUCCAUGGUGUAGCUUUAAUUCAUGCAACCCAGAAUUCUGUUUUCUUCUUAGUCAUAUGCUGUCUGUCUGCAGACAGUAACGAUUCCAUUAGAACUGCCAAGACUUUCUAAUAAAAUGUACAAUCAAGAUUCCGAUUCCAUGAGUAAUGAUGAGUAAGUAAGAGUGCAAUAUCAGUGAUAACUGUAGGAGCUGUCGGUGUCCCAAAAAGAGUUUGUUGUUUGAUGUUGUUGUGACUCUUCCUGGCCUUGCAUUUUUACUGUUCCUUCAAAUGUUUUUUUUUUUUUUGUAAUCUGCACUGUUAAUCCAUACCAUGUCAAUUCUGUUACAUUUACUGUAAACUAAAAAGAAAAAAAAAAAAGAAAUAAUCCUUGUUUUUCCUGGUGGUAGGAUCUGACUUAGUGUGAUUGGGAUAAUUCAGUUUUGAAAAUAUAUACAGUAAAUAGAUUAAGAAACUUUGAAUUAAACUUCAAUUUUCUGCUGCUUUAAAUAGAAAUUUUGAGUUCCAGUUAAAGCAGCUACAGUCACAUAAACCAUAUUGCCUCAGAUUCAGACUGUUGAUAUUUGUCAUUUUAAUAUUUUUUCCUUUUAAAACAAAUGUAAUUUCCAGGAAAAUUCUGUCAGUCUUCUAUUCUGUCUCUCUAUUUAUCCAAUUAACAUAUAAUAUAAUUUUUUAUAUUUUCAUUAAACUGAGCAGGUAGUUAGACAGUGUACACAAGUCUUACAAUCACUCUUCCUCCUUUUAGGUAAAAUUGAGCAUGGCCGUUUAUUUAAACCAAUUCUAUUUUUUUUAAUCAUUAUCAGAUUAGAACAUGUUUUGAAGACAGGUGCAUUCCUCUUUUGUCAAAAUAUCAUAUUUCAUAAUUUAAUUAACAACAUUUAUGACACUAAAGCAAAACGGUUUUAGAGAAACAGUCUGUAAAAAUGGUAAUAAUAUUACUAGUGACAGUUUCAGCUUUCAUAUUUUGCUCAAAUUCAUUUUAGUUUUCAAGCUAAUGCCAAAGUACCGUAAAAUAUUUCUAUUGUUUAUGAUAAUUAUAUUUGUAUAUUUUAACAUUAAUGUAAAAAUUGAUAUUUCAAAAUAAUGAAAUAAAAGAGAGUAAAAUCAUCAAUAUAAUCAUUAUAGACUUGUAUAGAUACUGCAAACAUACACUGUGUGUUUCACAUAAAAACACACAUGGGGUAUACAGUAGAGUUAUGGUUAGAAGAGUUGAUAAUAAGGAGAAGGUACAUUUUUGAAAUAAAUCUUGAUUUUGAGCUUAUAGAGUUUUUAUCAAAAACUGACAAUUUUGGUGAUUGCCCUUCUACAUUGCCUUUAUGGUAAAGUUCACCUACAGUAUCAGUACAGUGCAAUGGCAGUAUCUACUGUAUACAGCUGUGCUCCCAGAUUUUUAAAUAUUAAAAUCCACUACCUUGACAACAUUUGGAAGCAGCAGUUUUACAGCCUAUACAGUAUCAAUAUGAAUGUCAUUCUUAUUAAACCAAGAAAAAAAACUGGUUAUUAGUUAAAUGUUUAAAAGAACUGCAAAGUUUAUAAACACAAAAAUGCAGAGUUUUGAAAAAUCUUAUCAUUAAGAAAGAAUUUAUUCAGAUAGAAAAACUCUGUCAUACAAUAAAGGUUGCAUAUGGCCAGUUUGUAUUGUUUUACAAAUGUAAUACUCUUAGCAAUAAGUUUUAACAUUGUCUUGCAUACUUGAUGAAAUAUGUACUGUCCUUAUAUAUUUUAUAUUCUUAUAAUAGUAGAGGUUGCCUUUGUGCAUUAUUUUUAUUUCAGAGAAAUUUAAUUUGCAUAAGGUUUUAUAUGAGAAAUGGUAAAUUUAUUUAAGGUUUGAAAAUGUCAGUUAAUUAUAAAAGAAAGAAAGUUAAUUAUUAACUAUAAUGUGAAAUAAAAGACACUAGAUAAUGCUGAUUAUCAUCUGCACGCUAUAGGUUAUAAAUAUAGAAAUUAAAACAUUCAGGUAAAAAAAAAAAAAAAAA